ACAAGAUUUAUCAACAAAAUAGAAAAGUGUUUUGUUUUUCCCGGAAGCUAGAUUCAAUGCGGAACACUUUUAUCGUCAGCAACGUGUACAAUCUGAACAGGUACUGAAAAUGCCGGGAUGAUCCAUAUGCUCGUCUGUCGGCUCGUGCACUGACAUUCAGAAUGGAGGAGCUGAAUUAUGUAGAGACGUUGAAGUUUAUCGUCGUGUGUUUGAUGUGGUACAUUUGUAGUGCGGGUGGAAACAUUAUCGGUAAGCUGGUUCUGAACCAGUUCCCGUUCCCUAUGACUGUCACCAUGACCCAGCUUGUAUCCAUCUCCGUGUACAUGGAGCCCAUUUUCUGGUUUCUACAGACACCGAACACAGGGAACAUUCCACGGAGUUAUUACUUCAAACUCAUCCUUCCCUUGGCGUUUGGGAAAUUUUUUUCAUCAGUGUCUUCUCAUAUCAGCAUGUGGAAAUCAACAGUGUCUUAUGCUCACACAGUAAAAGCCACACUUCCACUGUUUACCGUUGUUCUGUCACGGGUGUUGUUGGGAGAAACUCAAACACUCUAUGUAUACCUGUCCAUUGUGCCUAUCAUUCUGGGAGUUGUCAUAGCAACCCUCACAGAGAUCUCGUUUGAAAUGUUGGCAUUGUGUAGUGCUUUAGUUGCAACAUUAGGGUUUUCCUUACAGUCCAUUUUCUCUAAAAAGUGCCUGAAGGACACAGGAAUCAAUCACCUGCGACUCCUUGUAUUACUGAGUCGGAUUGCCACCGUCCUCUUCCUUCCUGUCUGGUUUCUCUAUGACUGCCGGAACAUCGCAAACAGCGAUGUCUUUGAGAAUACAGAUGUGAUGAAGUCUUUCCUAUUACUGGUGUUGGAUGGUAUUUUCUACAUGAUGCACAAUGUGUUUGCGUUCACUGUGAUAGCCAUGGUGGCCCCCCUCAGUUACUCGGUGGCGAACGCCAUGAAGCGGGUGGUGAUUAUCGGUGCCUCCCUUUUCCUCCUAAAGAACCCUGUCACCACCAUGAACGUAGCAGGCAUGCUCGUCGCUUGCUUCGGGGUUCUGUGUUACAACAAGGCCAAAUAUGAUCAAAAUAAAGCGCGUCGUCGGGCGGAGACGUUGCCGUACGUACACAGUGAGACAAACCUCCAGGCACACCUCAACCCCAAGGGACUGCCCCACUCCAAGACAGAGGUCAACCUGUUAAACAGGAACGGGAUGAUCCACCCCGAGGACCAUAUCCUACUGCAGAACAACGUGGCCCUCAGGAGGGAGACAAUUGACUUCAGGGAGAUGGUGCAGAGGCAAGAGACACCUUAUGAUGAGACCAUUGAGAUGGUCAGUGGAAGUAUGAGAGAAGGAUUCAGACUGGAGGGAUCAGACAUUGACGGCAUGUACUGGCUAAACACCCACCGAGUUAUCAUGGCCAUGUCUCAGUCUGAGUAUUACAACACAGCCAUUACAACCUUGAUUCUCUCUGACAGUUCUGAGAGCCCACCAGGAUUCACUUUACUUCAGUUACUGACACCAACAAGAUAUAGAGAAGUCCAAUCAGCAUGUGUCAUAAUGAAUGACAGAGUCUAUAUAUCUAGUUCUAUAUACAGACAGUUAACUUGUUCAGCAGUUUUUUCCAAUUCUACAGUACAUGGCCCCUGUGGUAGUGGAAAUUUAGCAGGGAGACUAGAAUAUGACACUGCUUUCUGUUUUGUUUGUGACUUUUGGCCUCCGUCUGCCUCUUCUUGGAUAGACAGAUGUCACUCAUGGCCUGAUUCUGAAGUUGUUGAUGACAUUGUCAGAAAUGGAUGUCACUUUGUAGCAAUAGGACACCCAUUAGGACCCCAUGAAAACAAAGAAUGGAGAAUUUCUUUUUCUAGGGCAGAAUAUAAAUUUGUGUGUGCAAUGAACCACAGUCAGUUUUUGACUUAUGGAUUGUUAAAGCUGUUUUUAAAAGAAAUUGUCAAUCAACAUUUAAACGAAAACAACAAACUGCUGUGUUCUUAUCACAUGAAGACAUGUAUUUUUUGGGUAAUUCAACAAAAUACACUACCACACUGGUGUCCACAAAAUCUCCUGGUCGGUUUCUGGGUCUGCUUUAAACUCCUCCUUAAAUGGGUGUAUGAGGGGAUAUGUCCCAACUUUUUCAUCCCACAAAAUAACCUGUUUCUGACAAAAGUCCAUGGCUCAGCACAAAAUAGAUUGUUCCUACAGUUACAUGAAUUGUACAAGAAAGGUCUGGCCUGUCUGUUACAGAGUUCCUCUAUCAGGUCCUACAUCAUUGAUGUCCUGUAUAAUCCAAGACUUUUUGUUUGUACAGAUGAAAUUUUGAUUAAAUCUGAAGUUGACUAUGAUAAAGAGCUUUACUCUGAGAUAGAACUUAAUGCUACUAUAUCCAAAGAAGUAAAUCUCCACAGCAUUGUGAAAUACCUAUAUAUAGUAGAACAGUUGGUAGAUUCGCCCCUGACACAGUAUCAAGUUGUCAUGUUACAGAGACUUACAACCUUGAACCUUCAGCACACUCCUUUUAUUUUACACAAGAUGUACACUAUCACAGGUGUCAACAAACAUGUGUAUAUUGCAGACAAAAUGUCCUGUUACAUUCUGAAAUUAUCGACCAAGUUUGGGUUUAUAUCUGAUAUGUUGUACAUUGCAAUGUAUUAUUACAAGACACUCAGAUACAGGGAAGCUUUAUCUAUCAUAGAGAUGACAAAGGUCAAGUUAGCACAGCCUUAUCUGAUGUAUAUGAGUCGUGUAGACACAGAUAGGUAUACUGAGGCUGUAGGGGGACAGUCCUGGUCUACAAAAAUGAGACAGACUGUAGCAUGGGAUAUAAAACUUUUCAGCAGAAUCUGUUAUAUCAGUGAACUAAUACCAGAACAACAGUCUGCUCUACAACAAAGAAAGCCUACAUUUUAUAUUCCCGUGUUUGUAAUGUUACACUUCCUAGAGUUCUUGUGUUGCAGACACAUUGAUACAACAUUAUCACAAGCAGCUCUAGAUGAGCUACAGGUCGUAGUCCACCAUGAUCAAGGACUGUUUGUACAUGAUCUAUCCAGAAACAUCUCCUGGGAGAUCCUGGGGAUCUGUCAACAGAUCACAGGGAACCUCCAGGCUGCUCUAUACUCAUACCAACAGUCACUUACCACACAGAAUCCAUACCUCAAUAUACAAACAGCUACACUGAGGAGAAUACAGGAUGUGGUUCAGUCAACACAUCACCAGUAAUGAACAUAUUAAGAUCAUAUCAUAUCAUAAAUAUAUAUUGUUAAGGCUGAAAGUCGGAGAUUCACUUUAUACAUGUAUUUACUUUUUCAAUGCUUAUGUUUUUAGAGCAAAUUAUUGGAAACAGUGCUUGAAACAAGCAUGCAUCCCGCAGCAUUGACUAUUUACAUGGCAUUGCAUUACGAAAUUGCACAUUAAUACAUGUAUAUAUCAAAUACUAUGAGUUUAUUAUUCUGUUGUGGUGUGGUACAAGUGUGAAUAUUGUUAUUCUUUCUUGGUUUUUGGCUCUUUAACAAGUAAUAAAAAUGCUGACCUUUUGCACAUGAAAUAUGAUAAUUAGAGAAUGGAAAAUUCAGAUACUUUUACAAUCACUGCAUACGCAGCACAUGAAUGAGGAAUUUUGUGCUGUUAAUUGUUUAAAUAUUUAUUUUGAUUUGAUGUAAAUUGAUGUACAUUAUCCUAAGUGUGUUUUCCAUUUUUAGACUUUACCAAUGGA